UUCCCACGCAACUCGCUCGCUCCCCUCUUCCUCCCGCACCUCAACCAGCAAGCGCGCUGCCCGAGCAGCCACCACCUACGCACAUACUUAACUCCAUGGCGGCGUCCGUAGCCUGCUCCUUCUUCUUCGACGCCGAGCCUCUCGGCGAGCCCGCCAUGCCCGCGCAGGACGCCUGCGCGCUCUGCACCAAGCAGCUCGCCCGCGACAGCGACGUCUUCAUGUACAGAGGGGACACGCCCUUCUGCAGCGAGGACUGCCGCCACCACCAGAUGCGGCUCGACGCCAGGCAGGCGACCAAGGCAGCCGCCCGGAGGCAGAAGCAGUUCUCGUCGGGUACGGUGUCCGGGCGCGGGAACCGGGAGUCCCGGGAGGUGCCCGUCGCGAGCUAGCCGGCGAGAAUGCGAAGCUGCGUACACGGGGAAGAACUCAAGCCAGCUUAUAUUUGAGCCAACCAACAUGAUCUGCGUGGGCUCAGCCGCAGCGCGGCGUGCUCCAUGCCGUCGCGGGCUAACCGGCAAGAGCGCGAUGCUGAGAACAAGAGAGGUCUUAUUCGACCCAACAUGAUCCGCGAGGGCUCUGCCUGCGAGAUACGUGACUCUCUCCUUCUCGGGUUAAAUUUUGUCCUGAUCAAUCUGCGCGGGAUCCCCUCUUUUGAUUAGAUCCUGCGGGGUUGCCCAGAGCACUGCGACGGCUGUGUAACUAUUCGAGGCAAUAGUGCAAAGUGCUAUGUGGUUGCCAAUUUUUCAGCGAUACCAGAUCUUGUUUACUCUUUC